AUAUAUUUUUUUAUUUUAUUUUAUAUAUAUAUAUAUAUUAAAUAUCUUUGUGCUUUGUGUGUGCACAACAAGCUCUUUGGCAACAAACUUGUCCUUUAUUUACACAUCGUGUCCAAAUAGAUUCAAAGCCGACUGACGAUGGAUGUUGACGCUUGCAUCGAAUCCGUCCGGCAAUGCAAGUACCUUGCCGAGAACGACAUGCGCCUACUUUGUAAUAAAUUAAAGGAAAUACUUGCCGAGGAAUCUACUGUUGUCCCAGUGCAGGCACCUGUCACCCUUUGUGGCGACAUACACGGUCAGUUCUAUGACCUACUGAAGUUGCUUGAAGUAGGCGGUGAAUUGCCUGGAGUAUCCUAUGUCUUUAUGGGUGAUUUUGUUGAUCGUGGACGUUAUUCCCUCGAGACACUUACUCUUCUUCUUUUGCUGAAAGUCAAGUACCCAGACCGCAUCACACUUACAAGAGGCAAUCACGAAAGUCGGAACGUUACGCGGGUUUAUGGAUUUUAUGACGAGUGCCUGGCUAAAUACCAAAGCUCAAAAGUGUGGGAGUGGUGCUGCACAGUUUUUGAUUAUCUCCCAUUGGCUGCUUUAAUUGAUGGCACCGUGUUUUGUGUACACGGAGGUCUCUCGCCCGAACUGCCGUCAGUAGAUUCCAUUCGAACCCUGUUCAGAAUGCAAGAACUCCCACAGUCGGGUGGUCCCUGUGAUCUUCUUUGGUCUGACCCUGAAGCUCACGUAGAUUCUUGGGCGAUCAGUCCUCGUGGAGGUGGUUUUCUAUUUGGAUAUGUGCCCACUAAUGCAUUUUGUCAUAAUAAUGGUGUAGAGUUAAUUGUACGAAGCCAUCAGCUAGUAGACGAGGGGUACAACUAUCCCUUUGCAGACAAGAACCUUGUCACACUGUGGUCUGCACCAAACUACUGUUAUCGUUGCGGUAACAAGGCUGCCAUUCUCAAGAUACCUGAUAAUCGAAAGGCAAUAUUUGAAAGUGAUUAUCGGAUAUUCUUGGAAAAUGAGGUCCAAGGAGACGUCUCAUCCACGGCUGGCCCGGGCAGCCAGUACUUCCUUUGAUUCCUUUUUUUUGCUACCCGAAUAUCUCUUUUUUCUUCUUCUUCUUUCUUUCUUUAUCUAUCUUUUCUAUCUUUUGGCCUGCCUGUCC